AUGUCCCACGAGCUCUUGUCUCCGCAGGACGCUGCGGCCUCUGCUGCAGCAGCUCGCAGCAGCCCGUGGGCUCCUCCCCGGCUCGUUGUUGACCCGGUGCAGCAGCAGCAGCAGCUGCAGCGGCGGCAGCAGCAGCGGCAGCAGGAGCAGGCGCUGCUGCCAAGGCAGGCCCUUCCAUUUGCAGUGCGCGCCCUGCGCUGGUGGUACGAGCUGUCCCUCUGCCCCUGCAGGAGGCGGGAAGAGAGGGCGCUGCAGCAGCAGCAGCAGCAGCAGCGGGGCCCGUUUGGCUUGACGUACAGCGCGCUGUGGCGGGCAGCUGACCGAGCGCUGCUUUGGCUGGUUUGCUGCAGCCUCUUUGCUGCUGCUCUCUUUGCCGUUUGCUGCUUCGGGGAAUAUGCAACUCUCCAGAGAUAUAUAUUUGAAGAGACAGACAUGGUUCUGAGUGUGGGGCCCGGGGUCUGGCUGCUGCUGCUGCUGCUGCAGGCGCUCUACGCGCUGCUGCUGCUGGGCGCGGGCCGCCGGCUGCAGAAGCAGGGGCUGCAGCCGCGCCUGGGAGGGGCCCAUUGGUUGCUGCUGUCUCUUGUGCUUGCUGCUGUUGCUGCUGCUGCUGCUGCUGUCGCCAAGCUUUCCCCCCAGCACUUCUGGGGGGUGCGGCUGUGGCUGCAGCUGCACCUGCCGCUGCUGCAUGCUGCUGCUGUUCCUGCUGCUACGGUCGCCUUCUGCUGCGUCCUCAAAGCAGCAGCAGCGGCGCUGCCUCCUGCUGCAGUGGCUGUAGACGUGGAAGCUCCUGCUGUUGCCCACGAGGUCCCGCUGCUGCUGCACGGGGCUUCUACUGCAGCAGCAAGCAGCAGCAGCAGCAACAACGCGCCACCAGCAGCACCAGCAGUGGGGCUGCUGCCGGGCCUUUCCUUUUCUGCAGCACAGCAGCAACCCCAGAGAGCCAUAGGCAGCAUUCAUAGCGUCCACAGCAGCAGCAGCAGCAGCAGCAUUCGGUAUAGCCGCAGCAGCGAGGGCUGCCCCUUGUCCCUCAAGUGCAUGCGCGUUUGGCUUACAAUUCUGCUGUCUGCUGCUCUGUGGCUGCUGCUGCUGCUGUCCCCUUUCCUAGGGCCGGGUGGCUUCGGCUCUCCCUGCAUUUUCAAGCAGCCGCCGCUGCAGCAAGGGGUGCUGGCAGCGCUCUACAGCAGCAGCAGCAGCAGCACAGGCAACUGCUUUGACAGCAGCGCGAGAAGGAGCGUGUCAGAAGGCUCAGAAGGUCCUUCGACGACAGCAGAAGGGCCUGCGCCGCGUCAGAGCAGCAGCAGCAGCAACAGCAGCAGCAGCAACAGCAGCAGCAGCAGCAGCAGCAGCAGGGACGGUUGCCUUACUGAGUCCAGCUGGAGGGACCGCAACAGCAGCAACAGGAACCGAAGCAACACUACCGCCAUCAGCAGCAGAAGGUUAGGUGAGGCUCGGCCUUCAAACUCUGCUGCUGCUGCAGCGCCACUAACUGUGCGUGCAGCAGCAGCUGCUGCUGCAGAACCAGAAGCCGCUGCACCGGCAGUUGCUGCUGCUGCUGCUGCGCCUGUGGAAGAAGCAGCAGCUGCAAGGCCGGCUGUUGCUGAUGAACAGCCUGACGUUCUUAGUGGAGCUGUGGCUCCAGCAGCAGAUUUACAAGCAGCAGAAGCAGCACCAGUAGCAGCAGCAGCAGCAGCAUCAAUUGCAUCAGCAACGGGAGAGGCAGCAGCACCAGCACCAGAAGCACCUACUGCAGCAGCAGCGGGGGAGGCACCAGCAGCAGCAACAUUUCCAGCAGCAGCAGACUCAGAAGAGGCGGCACCAGCGGCAGCAGCAGUCCCAGCCACAGCAACUGACCCAGCAGCAGAUGCUGCUCCAACAGCAGCAACAGCAGCAGCGCCAGCUGCAGCAGCAGCAGAGAUGGCUAGCAGCUACACCAGCGAGUCUUGGCUGCCUCCCCGCCCCAUGUUGAUGGGACUAAAGGGCCUUCCUCUUUUACGGCCCGAAAACACUAUGUAG